GUAGUCCUUGAUUUUUAUAAUACAUUACAUGCUAAAUUAACCUUUGAAUACGGCUCCAAUUAGCUUGAUCCAUCCAUUAUGUGAUAAUAUGUUUUAUUUGAGUAAAUAACUGGUAGUUGUUUUGUUUUAUGCGGAGGGAUAUAUGCCCACAGCCACGACGGAAACACGCGCUGCCUGUGUCGAUGGACACAGUGUGCUGAUGUUUGGUAGUAAGUUAGUAGUUUGAGCUAGUAACGGCGGGAGCGACCGGGACGAUAAUCCUAAUGCUGGAUUAAGCUGCUUUUAAUAAUAAAACCAGGGUUUGACAUCGAUGGAAUAUAUUUGAUCGUUUUGAUUUACGCAACCUCAGGUAAGUUGAUUUGAAAUGCCUUUGCUUGGGAAGAUAGUAGUGAUCAAGAGAAAUGGAGGAGAUGGCACUGAAUUCCCCCUCACGACGUCUUGUCUGUUCGGAAGGAAGCUGGACUGUGAUAUUCGGAUUCAGCUGCCACAGGUGUCUAAAGAGCAUUGUAAAAUUGAGCUGAAUGAGAACAAGGAGCUCAUUUUGACCAAUUUGAGCUCUGUGAACCCCACACGUAUAAACGGAGAAGUUCUUAAUCAAUCAGAACGUUUAAAGCAUGGUGAUCUCAUCACAAUCAUUGAUCGUUCUUUCAGGUUUGAGUACCCACCUCAGAAGACACCGAAGAAGGGGCUGUCCACACCAGGAAAAGACAAAGCAGUUCAGGCUUUGCAAGAACAGCAGGAAAAAGGCACACCUGUUUCUCUAGACAAGAGGAAGUCAGAUCAUUCGUUUGACACUUGUUUGAAAGAUGGGUCCAAUUUGCCACCAUCUGUGGAACAAACAGUUGAGACUGAACCAGAAGAUGGCAAACCUAAAAAGGACAGUAUGUCACCUUUUUGUGAGCUCUACCAAAUGGUCAAACAGGACCUUGUUGCAAAAACACCAAAGAAGUCUGAGCUACCGAAAACGCCCCUUGCAAGACCUCAGGUUGGUCACGAGAAUGUCCCCACUUCAGAUGUUAAAAGUACUCCUAAACAGGUCACAACCCCAUCUACCAAGAAGCGAAGAUCCUCGCAAUCCAAUUCUGAUGAUACAACUGGACCAGCUACACCUAAGCAGUCUUUGAAUACAAAUGUGGAAGAAAAACUCACUGAAGAUGUGCCAUCUGCAGUGUCUGCCACCCCCUCACUGACACAGAAGAGUGUAACUCCUGUCUCCCAGAAGAAGAGAACACCCUCGAAAACACCUCAGAAGUUCAGUGCUGGUGAGGUAGUCCAGCAGAUUCUCUUAGAGCCACAGUCUGAAGAGAAAACUCCUAAAUCCCCAAAAGGAAGGAGAAGUGGUGCCUUGGAUCAAAGCCUUGCUCAGCAAAUGCCUUCAGUCCAGCCUCAGACUCCAGGCUCGAAGGAUAAUAACGCCGAAGUGAAAAUGUCACCAAGAACAUCCCCAAGAGCAAAUGCUGGCAAAAGGUUUCAAGUCCAAGACGUUCCGCCUGAAAUUACGGCUACAAAAUCAGCUUCUAAGAAGAAAGUUGACACUUCAGUUAAUGAGCAAUGUGAUGGAAAUGAAUCACAAAAUGAAGUAGCCUUUUUAAAAGCAAAGAAAAAGCGAGUGUCCUUUGGUGGUCAGUUGAGCCCGGAGCUGUUUGACAAACGCUUGCCCCCCAAUUCCCCCCUUCGCCGUGGAGCAACCCCUCGACGCAGUUUGGGUCCUUCUCAAAAACCCCAGUCUCUCCUACGACGAGCAUCCACCAUUGGUCUUUUGGCUCUUCGACUUGAAGAAACUGUUUCAGAGGCUCAAAAAAGUUCUCCAAGGAAAGCUUCACCCAAACGGGCAGCAUCACCAGCAAAGACUCCAUCACCUGCCAAAAGGACACCAAGUGCGAAGGCUAAAACACCAUCACCUGCCAAAAAAUCACCAAGCCCCAGGGCUACAACACCAUCACCUGCUAAAAGGUCACCGAGCACCAAGGCUAAAACUCCAUCACCGAAACCUCAGAAGUCACCAUCUGCUUUAACCAAGGCACCAACACCAUCAUCUACUCGUGCAACACCCAGAACGCCUGCAUCUGCUAAGAGAGCCUCAACUUCAGCAAUUGAGGCUGUCGGUGAUGUGUCUUUAACUGCAACACCUAGGGUGCAGGGGCGGUUUUCCAUCUCUCGUAUCAGUACUCCAUCACCUGUCCAGGACCAGGAGGACAAGCCUGAACCACAGUCAACAGACGUGCCCCAAAACUGCGUAACACCAAAGAUACCCUUAAGGAGGAAGAGCAUGAAGUCUUCUGCAAGAAAAACACCCAAGAGUGCAAUGAAAAGCGCACUUGAUGUCAUACGUUCAAGACGCAGUGGAGCAUCACGUGCUAAUCUAAAAGUGCUGACCUCUUGGGCUGAUAUUGUGAAGUUUGGUCAGAGCAAACCUCAAACGGAAGUUACAACUAAGAAAAAACCUACAAAGAACAUUGUAAUGAAGAGAACUGCAGUGCCAAAACCCAAGACACCUGCAAAGAGGCUGAAAGAUAUUGUCAGCACUGGCCAUGCAGCAUCUCCGGUCACCAUUGUUGUUGGCAAAGCCCAUAUGAGGACUAACCAGUCUGUUGGUGCUGCACCUAAAAUAGUGCAGAACAUAGCACUAUUCAAGAAGGACAUGAAAAUGGACGAGGACUUGACAGGUGUUGCAGAGAUUUUCAAAACUCCAGCCAACACCAGGUCUAAGAAUAGAGUUCCUGUGACUAACGAAUGUCCAGAGAUUCCUCUGGAUGAGGCUUCAGUGAUGAAAACACCAGAAGAGUCAGGUGAAAUGAUUGUGUCGCCAUUAAGUGUGGUCUCUACUGCCAAAUGUGGCCGCUACAAUGAUGAAGCAGUAACACGACUACUUCUGGACAACCAGGAUGGUAGUUUGUUAGAAGACAAUGACAUUGUUCCAGAUGUAGAGACAACCUCUGAUGUCCAAACAGAAGAAGAGGAAGCUGCACCUGAAACAGUAGUCAAAACCCCAAAACAGAAAGCUGCACCAUCCUUGUGCCUCACUGGAGUCAAACGACUCAUGAAGACACCCAAACAGAAGGCCGAACCAAUCGAGGACCUAAGAGGAAAGCUGCUCAAGACCCCCAAGGAGUAUAAACCACCCCAGGAGGAAAGUCUAGAAGGCGUUAAGGAACUCCUAAAGACUCCCAAAUACAGGGGAACCCCAGUAGAAGACAUGGUUGGAGUGAAAAGAGUGAUGCAGACCCCAAAAGAGAAGAACAAUCCUGUACUCUGUGCAGCUGGUCUUCAGAGGCUUAUGAGAACACCCAAAGAAAAGGUUGAGCAACAUGAAGACCUCACUGGUGUGAAGGAACUGAUGAAAACCCCAAAAAUAAAGGGAGACGUGGUGGAGAACAAAUUAGGGCUGAAAAGAUUGGUGAAGACGCCUAAACAGAAGAAAAAACAAGUUGAGGAGGACCUAACUGGUGUUCAACAUCUGAUGAAGACCCCUAAACACAGAGGAGAACCGGUUGAAGAUCAAAUGGGUGUAAAAAGGCUGAUGCAGACUCCCAAAGAGAAAGUUGAACCUGUAGAAGACUUAUCUGGUGUGAAGCAGUUAAUGCAGACUCCCAAGCAAAAAGAACCUGUCACCAGUCAGUUUGGAACCAGUGAACUGAUGAAGACCCCUCAUUUAAAAGAAGCAACUGGCCUUAAAGAACUUGAACCAGAGAACAGCUCUUUACUGACAACAGAAAGUAGUGUGACUGAGCCUACUGAGAUACAAGAACCCAUGGAAAGUGGCUCAGCUUUCAUGCCAGCUGAAGGUUUGGAUGUGGAAUGUGACAAAGAAAAUGUCUGCCCAGUUGAAACCGUGGAGACUGAAGUUGUAAAAUCAGUGGAUCUCCAGUGCACAGCUGAAGCAGUUGAAUCUAUUCAGAGUCCAGAGAUUGUUUCAGUUGAAACUAUUGAUGUCUGUUCUUCUGGGGCAGAUGAGAAAACCCAGGAGCAGUCUGAAGAACCUGUAUGUGUAGCUGAUAAUACCACUGCAACAGUUGAAGCUACCCCAGCUUCAUCCACAACUGAGCAAGAGGAGCUAAUUAAGUCUUCACCUGCUAACAAAAUUCAACGUGGCACUCGAGGAAGAGCAGCACAAAAGUCUAAAAAUGCUAAAGAAGUGGCCAAAGCACCUGCUGUAUUGUCAUUAAUUGAAGAGGAGAAUAUGAGUAGUCCACUUCCUGCUAGCCCUACCAGGGGAAGGCGAGGUAAAAAACCUCUUGAAAUUCCAGAAAUCACUGCCAGCCCACUCAGAAAAUUAGCUCGUGGUAGAAUUCCCAAGAACAGCGUUGUGGAAGAAGAGGUAAAGAGUACCGAGGCUCCCCAAGUGCCCGUAGAGUCCAUGAAUACUGAGAUACCAGACUGCCUGCCUAUUGUCACCAAAACCAGAAAAGGAAGAAAAGCUAAACAAGAUGAUGAUGAUGAUGUUGCAAUUGUGCCCACUGAUGCUGCAAAUGAAGAGCAGGUUCAAGCCCCUGUUGUGAAACCAAGCAGGAGAAAGAAGAUGGAUAAAACCGAAAGCCAACCUUCAGAAGAGCCUGAAGUUGUUUGCGAGGAAACUGCUGUUGUACCAGAGGAUGUCAAGUUGCAGACUUCACUGGGUACUGAGACCGUCUCUGCAACUAGAGCGAGGAGAGGAAGACUAGCAAAGAAGGAAAACCUGAAAACCGAGCCAACCCCUGCUUUGGAAAAUGAAAUUACAAGCACUCCUGCUGUUGUAGUGGCUGAGAAGCCACCGUCACCUGUAGCAAAGUCAGGGCGAGGAAGGAAAGGCAGAAAAGAAACUGUCAAAGACCAACCCGUGAAUGAAGAUGUCAUGGAUGUUCCCAAAACAGUGGCUGAGGCAAAUGUUGACCAUAAGGAGGAGCCUGAAACACCUGUGGUCAAGUCUGGCAGAGGACGAAAGGCUAAACAGCAGAAACCACAAAUGCCUGAAGAGGUUGUUGACCAACCUGCUGUAGAUGUCAGCGCACAUUUACCUGUGACGGAAGAACACACUGAAACAGUGGUGAAAUCUGUGAGAGGGAAUAGGAAGACAAAGCAGUCAAAGGUGACCGAUUCAGUUGAGGUUGAGGAGAACAUUGUCAGCCUGGUGGAGAAAGCAGAGACCCCUGUUGUAAAAUCUGGUCGCAAAAGGGCUGUUAUUGCAAAGGAAACUGAAGUGGUGCCAGAUGUUUCUGUCAAAAGAGGUCGCCGUGCUGUGGCAGACCCUGCACCACCAGUUGCUGUGGUGAACAGCCGUGCACGUAAAGCAGUUGCAAAAGCUGAGUCUGAGGUUACCGAGGAUGUCGCUUUAUCAGAAGAGCCAGUUAAGCCUGUUAAACAAACCAGGAGAACGGCAAAAGCACCUGAAUCUAAGAAAGAAGAAAAUGCCAUGACACAGGCAGGUUCUGAAAAUACACCAGUUGUUACACUGGAGAAAGUGGAAAGAGGAAGUCGUGGGAAAAAACAGAAGGAUUCAACUAAGGAUGUCCCAGUCAAUGAGUCCGCUUCAGCUGAGGAAGCUAGUGAAACUAAAUCCUCAAAAACGGUUAACUGGAACCCAGAUUUGGUUGUCUGUAAAGACAUUGAAGAAUCCGAAACUUCUACAGAUGUAAAAGAACCACAGCCAAAGAAAUCCAAAAGGUUAGGCAAAUCGCCAGCUGAGACGACCUCCACAGAAUCAAAUCCACCAGCUGAUGUUCCACCCAGAGGCCGCAGAGGGAGAGGAGCUAAAAAAGAAGAACCUCCAGUCGAAGAGUCUCAAGAAGAAGCAGCUCAGAUGAAAGCCAAGCCUGUGAGAAGAGGAAAGGUAGUGGCUCCCUCUGCACCCAAAUCAGAGCCCACUGAUAGCAAGACAUCAACCCCUCUCAAAAGGAAAAGAAAUGAGGUGACUGAGGUAACGGAUGAGUCGGUAAACAAGGAACCUUUGCCAAAAAGAAGAGGCAGAGUAGCCAACAGCGCUGAAGUUGCAGCAGAGGUCUCCAGCAAAGAAAAAACGCCUGAAGUUGAACCAGAAAAGGCUGAGCCUACUCCCAAGAAAACUGGUAAUCGAGCUGCAAGAGGACAGAAAAGGACAGCCCAGGAACCAGAUCCAGCACCUGCUAAGGCUCAAGAGUCUGUUUCAGGAACCACCACUCGAAAAGGAAGGAGUGUGAAGAAAGUAGAGGAAGUAGUCCCUACAGAGGCAGCUCCUGUCAGGCGCACCAGGAGGAAGUAAAGCACUGAUCUUACAGAGUGGUCUUAAUUAUCUAUUCUCUGUAAUCUCUGGAAAAAAGUUUUAGUUUUAUAUGUUUGUAAUAUUUCAUUAUGUUUUUUUUCUAAACAUUUUUCAGUGUAAUUUUAGCUGCUUUUAUCGUAGGAAAAAAACUCUUGUACACUUAUAAAAUGUUCUUUUAUGGGCAUUAAAACAUGCAGGCAACUUUUUACUUCAAGAAAAUGUUUAAAGAGUUUCUACAUUUGAACUGUUAACUUCGCUGAAAAACAUUUAUCUUUCAUAUUCGCUUUUGUGUUUUUGUUUUUUUUAUAUACAUGUACUUUUUUUUAAAAGAAUAAAAUGAGGGGUGCAAAACCAGGCUUAAUUUGUCACAAUUCUUAAGCCCAAGAAAGUGUAAUGUGCUGUAGUGGUACAUGUGACAUUCUUGAAAGUUUUCAUUAAAAAUAUUUUUGUCACCUCA